GUACAACUAGCGGGAAGUUUAUUUUUCUCAACUGUUGACUGUUUGUCCCGAGAACACUGAACACUGUUCUAAUUUUCCAAAAUUUAUGCACUUUAACCUAGACAAAGUAUGACUGGUCGAGUGCUGCUGAUUGGAUCUGGGGGAAGAGAACAUGUCAUUGCAUGGAAACUGUCCCAGUCGAAACUCGUAGAGUCGGUGUUCGUGAUACCGGGCAAUGCUGGGACAGAGGCUCAUAGUGAUGGCAAAGUCAGCAAUGUCUCUAUGAAUUUGAAGGAUUUCACGGACAUUUCCAACUGGUGCCAUGACAACUCAGUGGACUUGGUCAUCGUAGGCCCUGAAGAUCCGCUGGCCGCCGGCCUGUCCGAUCACUUACAGCAGCAAGGUAUUUCUUGUUUUGGGCCAAAAUCUACAGCAGCUGAGAUCGAGUCCAGCAAGGAGUUUGCUAAAGAGUUCAUGAUGCGUCAUGGAAUUCCCACGGCCAGGUUCCAGUCUUUCACUGAUGCCGAGGAAGCGUGUAAACACAUAAACUCUGCUCAUUACGAGGCUCUGGUUGUCAAGGCGAGUGGUCUGGCUGCUGGUAAAGGCGUCGUCGUCGCGGAUACACAGAGGGAAGCGUGUGACGCUGUUAAAAACAUUAUACAGGACAGAAUAUUUGGUGAUGCUGGUUGUACAGUUGUAGUUGAAGAACUAUUGGAAGGAGAUGAAAUAUCAGUUCUGGCAUUUACCGAUGGUCAUACAGUCUGCAUGAUGCCACCCGCUCAGGAUUUCAAAAGAUUAAAAGAUGGUGACCGAGGUCCGAAUACUGGAGGGAUGGGAGCCCUCUGUCCUUACCCCAAGAUAACACAAACGGAGUGUGAAAGUAUUAAACAGAACAUUUUGCAGAAAACCAUUGAUGGUCUUCGACUUGAAAACAGAAAAUAUGUGGGUGUUCUCUAUGCUGGGCUUAUGAUUACUGAAGAAGGAAUUAAAGUCCUGGAAUUCAACUGUAGAUUUGGUGAUCCAGAAACUCAGUCUAUUCUGCCACUGUUGACCUCUGACCUGUACACGGUGUGUAGGAGCUGUGUGGAGGGCACACUACAGCAGCACAUGCCCGAGUUUGACAAACAUCAUUCAGUGGUGGGCAUUGUCGUCGCUAGUGGAGGAUAUCCACAGACGUACAAGAAGGGCUGCCACAUUACAGGACUGGAUGAGGUUCUCAAACAUGACAUGAUGGUUUUUCAUGCUGGAACAACAAUUAAAGAUGAUAAGUUGCUGACAAAUGGUGGAAGAGUCCUGACUGUGGUUGCCAUGGAUACCAACUUAGCAACGGCUGCCAAGCGGGCUCGGACUGGUGCAAGUCUCGUUAAAUUCGACAAGGCAUUUUAUCGCAAUGACAUAGCACUUAAAGUUUCCUCCACUUACCCGAAAGGUCUGACGUACACAGUGGCCGGUGUGAACAUUGACGUGGGCCGUGACCUGGUGACCGCGAUCAAGCCCCUGGCAGAUGCGACCCGCAGACCAGGCUGUAUGUCCAGUGUGGGCAUGUUCGGGGCCCUCUUUGAUCUCCACGCUCUGGCUUACAAAGACCCUAUUCUUGUUUCGGGCACAGAUGGAGUUGGCACCAAGCUGAAGAUUGCCCAGCAGACCAAUAUGCACCACACAAUUGGUAUAGAUCUGGUGGCGAUGUGUGUCAACGAUGUCCUGGCGCACGGAGCUGAGCCACUCUUCUUCCUGGACUACUUCGCAACAGGACGUCUCAGCUUGGAUGUAACAAAGUCUGUGAUCAGUGGAAUUGCUGACGGUUGUAAGCUGGCAAAGUGUGCUCUGAUUGGUGGUGAGACUGCUGAGAUGCCGGGGAUGUACGUUGGUGGGGAAUACGACUUGGCGGGAUUUUCUGUAGGCGUUGUUGAGAGACAGCAGCUUCUUCCACGCUUACUGGACAUAAAACUUGGCGAUGUUGUGAUUGGGCUACAAUCCAGUGGCCUUCACAGCAAUGGUUUCAGCAUGGUGCGCAAAGUGAUAGAGACACUGAAUCUGCAUUACGAUAUGCCAUCGCCAUUGAAAACAUCACAGACACUUGGUGAAGACUUGUUAGUUCCAACAAAGAUCUACACUGCGUCUGUAUUGCCUCUGAUGAAGGAAGGGCUGGUCAAGGCGUUUGCUCAUAUCACGGGGGGGGGUCUGACUGAAAACAUCCCCCGGAUCCUGCCUGGUGGACUGGGCGUUCACCUCGAUGCCAACUCGUGGAUGAUGCCUUCCAUCUUUGGCUGGCUCGCACAAAAGGGUCGUAUUAAUGAAGACGAAAUGGCCAAGACAUUUAACUGUGGGAUUGGUGCAGUGUUGAUAGUAAACAAAGCAGACUCGCAGCUAGUCAUAGACAGGUUACGUCAGUGUCGUGAACACGCUUCUGCUAUUGGCACUGUUGAGAACAAGGGUGGGCAGCGAGUACAAAUAGAAAACCUGCAGACUUGUUUAAUGCAGGCUUGGACCAAUAAGCCUGGUGUGAUGAGGAAGAAAAGAGUCGGUGUUCUUAUUUCAGGCUCAGGGACCAACCUGCAGGCCUUGCUUGAUUACACGAAGAAUCCUGAGAACCACAGCGCGGCCGACGUUGUGCUGGUCAUCUCGAACAAACCAGGAGUGGCCGGGCUGCAGCGGGCGGUCAUCGCGGGAGUCCAGACAAAGGUGAUCACACACAGCGACUACAAGGAGCGUGAGAAGUUUGAUGCCGCUCUGCACACAGCACUAACAGAAGCUGGAGUUGAGAUUGUAUGUCUGGCAGGAUUCAUGAGAAUACUCACAGGUGGCUUUGUACGAAAGUGGAAUGGCCGCAUGCUCAACAUACAUCCGUCGUUGUUGCCUUCGUUUAAGGGGAUUGAUGCUCACUCACAAGUCCUCAAAGCAAGAGUCCUCAUUUCUGGAUGCACCGUCCAUUUUGUUUCGGAAGCUGUGGACUCAGGUGCUAUUGUAGUCCAGGAAUCGGUGCCGGUGUUCCCAGGAGAUACUGAAGACAGCCUGGCAAAGCGUGUCCGCAUGGUUGAACACAAGGCCUUUCCUAAAGCACUGGAGCUCAUCGCCAGCGAGAAGGUCACACUGAAUCCAGACGGGCAAUUAUUGUGGACAAUAUAGAACAAUCUGUUCAAGGCAAUGGUUUUCUAUUAGACAGUUACUGUAUUGGUUUAUUAACUGGAUAAUACAAAAGUAUUACUAGUUUGGUCUCAUUUCCAAAAUGCAAAAAUAUUCAUUUACAUUAGUUUGAAAAAAACCCAUGGUUUUCCUGCAACAUAAUAUAGUGAAUAUCAUAUGAAGCAGUAUCUUAAAGGCAUACUGUCACAGAUUUAAGGACCUUAUUUCUCUAAAAAUGAAUAAUAAAUCAAAAUUACAUUAAUUUUUUACAGACCAAAUCUAGCUAAUAUUGCAUCAGUUUAACUACACAAUGAUGGAGUGAAAUCCAUGUAAACCCUCUCAGUGAUGUUAGUUUUUGAAUUAUGGACCAUUGCCAUAAUUCAAUUAUUUUUACAAAAUAUCAUUAAUCAGUAGAGUAUGGUGGUUACGUAGAUGGUUGAAUAAAGUACAGUACAUUUAAGAACAAUUAAUCAAAGAUAUAUAUAUUUCAGUAAUACUUUGUUAGGCCAUGUAAUAGGUCAGUGGUCUGUGACAAUAUGCCUUUAACAUCCUAUUCAAUUGGCAGAGAAGAUGUUUUGAUGGAAUCUUUAUUGUCAUUACAUUAGUCAUUCCAAAAUAUGAAAAUUUGUGUAUGUAAUAUCACAUUUUGGAUAGUGAAAGGGAGCGAGUGAGUAAGAGAAUAUCAAUGAAAAGUCAGUCAGUAUGUAUACAAGAUGUUAAUAUUUCAGUAUUAAUACACCAAUGCAAUUUAUUAAAAUAGUGGGUAAGCCACGUGAAUGCAAUUAUAUGUCUUUCAUUUAUUAAAAAGUAUUGUCAUAAAGACAUUAAUAUUCUCAUUUAGCACAAAACAAUACUUUUUUAUAUUAAGUAAAUAUAAUAAACUUUUAUAUCUAA